GCGGGCAUCGGAUCACCAGGUAUGACAGCGGGCACUGGGUCACCAGGCAUCAGGUCAUUUGGCUUGCCAACGGGCACCGCGUCAUCUGGCAAGGCAGUGGGCACCGGGUCACCAGGCAUUGGAUCGUCUGGCUCGACAGCGGGCAUCGGGGUCACCAGGUAUGACAGCGGGCACUGGGUCACCAGGCAUCAGGUCAAUUGGCUUGCCAGCGGGCACCGCGUCAUCUGGCAAGGCAGUGGGCACCGGGUCACCAGGCAUUGGAUCGUCUGGCUCGACAGCGGGCAUCGGGUCACCAGGCAUCAGGUCAUUUGGCUCGCCAGCGGGCACCACGUCAUCUGGCAAGGCAGUGGGCACCGAGUCACCAGGUACGACAGCGGGCUCUGAGUCAAUUGGCACGACAGCGGGCACCGGAUCAGGUACCGGAUCAUCUGGAUCAACAGCGGGGCAUCGAGUCAACUGGC